UUGUCCGAUGAUAGUUAGAAGGGUAUUAUAGUCACUCCAGAAGAAUCUUGUGAGACAACGUGAGUGGUGGUGUUGGCGAUUCAGAAGAGACUCUUCUUCAGCUUCGUCGUGAAUCUCUUUCAGGUCCCCCAAAAACUCUAGGGUUCGAGUUGGGUGAGAGUAGCAAAUCGAAAUUGAAAGAGAAAAAGAAGAAAAUGUCGCAGAGCGGGAAGCUGAUGCCAAAUCUGGACCAGCAGAGCACGAAGCUCCUCAACCUCACGGUUCUCCAGCGAAUCGACCCCUUCGUCGAGGAGAUCCUCAUAACCGCUGCUCACGUCACCUUCUACGAGUUCAACAUCGACCUCAGCCAAUGGAGCCGCAAGGACGUCGAAGGAUCUCUCUUCGUCGUCAAGAGGAACACGCAACCUCGGUUUCAGUUUAUUGUUAUGAACCGGCGCAAUACGGAUAAUCUGGUGGAAAAUCUGUUGGGAGAUUUUGAGUAUGAAGUCCAGGUUCCAUAUUUAUUAUAUCGAAAUGCAGCACAAGAAGUGAAUGGUAUUUGGUUUUACAAUGCACGUGAAUGUGAAGAGGUUGCAAAUCUUUUCAACAGGAUACUUAAUGCAUACUCCAAGGUGCCUCAAAAGUCAAAGGUGUCUUCAAAUAAAAGUGAAUUUGAGGAAUUGGAAGCUGUCCCAACUAUGGCAGUUAUGGAUGGUCCUCUGGAGCCGCCAUCAACUGCCUCCAAUGUCACAGAUGUUCCUGAUGACCCUUCCUUUGUGAACUUCUUCAGUGCAGCUAUGACUAUUGGGAAUGUUUCAAAUGCAGCAAUGACUGGACAACCGUACCAGUCCUCUGCAACAGUCCCUCCACCUUCCCGUCCAGUAAGUGUUGCCUCUCCCACCGUGCCAACAUUGCAAAUACUUUCUCCUCCUUUGCCAUCAUCUACUCCUUUAAUGCCCCUCCCUGAUACCCCUGAAUCCAACAGCAACAGCAACAGCAGCCAGAUCACUAAUCUUGUAAAGCCCUCUUCAUUUUUUGUUCCUCCUCCUUCCUCCUCUGCAAUGAUGAUGCCUCCUGUCUCCUCAUCCAUGCCUACUGCUCCUCCACUUAAUCCUGGGGUGAAUCUACAACGCCCAUAUGGUGCUCCUUUGUUACAACCUUUUCCACCUCCCACCCCACCACCAUCUCUUACUCCUGUUUCUGUUCCUACUCCAAACUAUGGCCCAGUUAUUAACCGUGAUAAAGUCCGAGAUGCACUUCUUGUGCUUGUUCAGGACAAUCAAUUCAUUGACAUGGUGUAUAGAGCUCUUCUGAAUGCACACCACUCAUGACCCAUUGGAAGAGGCAGUGCGAUACUGGAAUUUUGUUUAUUAUGUGGUUCUUUUCUUUUCUUUUCUUUUCUUUUAGCUGGAAGUGCAUGUAAGAUAUGAAGACUGUAUAGCAUUAUUUGUCUCUGAUCACCUUUCAAAUGAUAGUACGUUUUGUUAAUAUUGCAAUUAUUCCGAUUUUCACUUGUAUGCGAAGCUGAUAAAAUUAUAUGUCUCA